CCACUCACAGUGCUCCAAGACCUGCGGGCGUGGACUGAGGAAGCGGAGUGUGUUUUGCCGCAGCACUGAUCCUGGGGCCAAAGCGGUGGUGGUGCCCGACAGCAUGUGCAGGCAGCACCACAGACCCAAAGCCCAAGAGACCUGCGUCCUGCGGCGCUGCCCUAAGAAUGAAAGGCUGCAGUGGAUCCCCACUCCUUGGGGAGAGUGCUCCAGGUCUUGUGGCUCAGGCAUCCAGAAGAGAGAGCUUCGCUGUGGGGAGAGAGACUCACAGGGAGGGUAUGUGGAGUUCCCCGUACGGAGGUGCAGGAAUAUGGCUAAGCCUUUGGUGGAUCUCCAGCAGGGCUGCAACCGAGGUCCAUGCCCAGAGCUCCCUCGAGUUGUCCCUGGCAGAACCAGCUCCAGUGCUGUGGUCUUAGGCUGGUACUCCUCUCCCUGGCAACAG